AUGAUAGAAGAUUUUAACGCUUAAGGCGAUGGAGUGAAGUUAAAACUGAAUAAGUUCUUUGAUAUUGAUAAAGAGACAUUAAUUCAGACACAGGAUACAUUCCUAAGUGGUACUUAAAAUUUUAAAAAUAUAAGAUAAAGUGAUCAAAAACUAAAUAAUAAUGAUUAGAUAGCAGACGAUCGAAAACUUCAAGGGACUGUAGGUCCAUAAACUAACUUGCUAGAAGCUUUAGACUGGAGACAUUAGAAUAAGGUCUCUUCAGUCAAAGACCAAUAAGGCUGUUCUGCAGGUUAUGCAUUCUCUUCGAUUGCAGCUCUUGAGAGUAGCCUUAUGAUUAAAGAUCCUGUUAGAUAUUCAAUAGUUGAUUUAUCAGAGUAAUAAAUACUUGAUUGCUCAGUAAAUAAUGGAUGUGAAGGAGGUUAAGUGCCAAAUGUGUUCUAGUAUUCCUAGAGAAAUGGUAUCACUACCGAAGCUUUAUACCCUUAUGCUGGAUCCUAAUAACAAUGUAAAUAAGGGGUAAGAGGAUAAAUUCUUACCAAAAAUUACAAGCACUUAGACACUGAUCUCAAUGUUUAUAACAUCAAAAAAGCGGUUUAGCAGCAGCCUGUAUCUGCUAGUAUUUGCGCAUCAAGUGAUGUUUUUAUGUUUUAUUCAUCUGGAGUUAUUACCUCAGGAUGCUGUACAAGUGUAGAUCACAAUAUUCUCCUAGUAGGAUGGAAUAAAACUCAAGAAGGGAUGCCAUAUUGGAUUGGUAAAAACUCCUAUGGUACCUAAUGGGGAGAGGAUGGCUAUGUUAGAAUUAAGAUGGAGGAAGGAUCUUAUUACCAAACUUGUGGACUUGCUACAACUCUAACCUAUCCGAUUUUACCAUGA